AUGGGAUAUUUUGUUCCUGAUUCACAUAUUGAAAAUCUAAAGUCAUACAAAUACCAAAGUGAAGAUCGCUCGCUGGUGUCGAAAUAUUUCUUAAAGCCAUUUUGGCAAAGAUUUUGUACCAUUUUUCCCACGUGGAUGGCACCCAACAUCAUCACAUUAUCAGGAUUUGCGUUUAUUGUUAUCAAUGUGUUGACUGUAUUCUAUUACGAUCCAAAUCUUGACAUAGAUACCCCUCGCUGGACGUAUUUUUCUUACGCCUUGGGUGUAUUCCUGUAUCAAACGUUCGAUGGAUGUGAUGGUGUGCAUGCCCGCCGUAUUAAUCAAUCAGGACCCUUGGGAGAACUAUUUGAUCAUAGUAUUGAUGCCAUCAAUUCCACCCUGUCUAUUUUCAUCUUUGCCUCAGAAACUGGAAUGGGAUUUUCGUAUAGCCUAAUGUUAUCCCAGUUUGCAAUGUUAACGAAUUUCUAUUUAAGUACUUGGGAAGAAUACCAUACACACACAUUAUACUUAAGUGAGUUCUCUGGGCCCGUGGAAGGCAUCCUGAUUGUUUGCGUUUCAUUAAUACUGACUGGGAUAUACGGAAAACAAGUAAUCUGGCAUACCUACUUGUUUACAAUUACGGUUGGCGAUAACAUCAUUGAUGUAGACACUUUAGAUAUUGUUUUCUCCUUAGCUGUCUUUGGUUUGGUUAUGAAUGCAUUGUCUGCGAAAAGAAACGUGGAUAAAUAUUAUAGAAAUAGUACUUCUUCAGCUAACAACAGCACGCAAAUUGAGCAAGACAGCGCUAUAAAAGGUCUUUUGCCUUUUUUUGCCUAUUAUGCAAGCAUCGCUUUACUAGUGUGGAUGCAACCAAACUUUAUUACACUCGCUUUUAUCCUAUCCAUUGGCUUCACAGGUGCAUUUACCGUCGGAAGAAUAAUCGUUUGCCAUUUAACUAAGCAGAGUUUUCCCAUGUUCAAUGCCCCUAUGUUAAUUCCUUUGUGCCAGAUAGUAUUGUACAAGAUAUGUCAAGCCGUUUGGGGAAUUGAGUCUAGUACAAUCGUGUUUGCCUUAUCUUGGCUUGGGUUCGGUCUCUCACUAGGUGUUCAUAUUAUGUUUAUGAAUGACAUUAUUCAUGAAUUUACUGAGUAUCUCGAUGUUUAUGCUUUAUCCAUCAAGCGCUCCAAGUUAACAUAA